ACGUCGGGAAAUGCGAUGAUGUGGCCCUCCCUUAUGAAACACUACAGCCCCACCGACUACGUCAAUUGGCUGGAGGAAUAUAAAGUUCGGCAAAAAGCUGGGUUAGAAGCCCGGAAGAUUGUAGCCUCGUUCUCAAAGAGGUUCUUUUCAGAGCACGUUCCCUGUAACGGCUUCAGUGACAUUGAAAACCUUGAGGGACCAGAGAUAUUUUUUGAGGAUGAACUGGUUUGCAUCCUAAACAUGGAAGGAAGAAAAGCUUUGACCUGGAAAUACUAUGCAAAAAAAAUUCUUUACUACCUUCGGCAACAGAAAAUCCUAAAUAACCUCAAGGCUUUUCUUCAGCAGCCUGAUGAUUAUGAAUCCUAUCUGGAAGGAGCCGUCUAUAUCGACCAGUACUGCAACCCUCUCUCUGACAUCAGCCUCAAGGACAUCCAGGCCCAGAUUGACAGCAUCGUGGAGCUUGUUUGCAAAACCCUCCGGGGUAUAAACAGUCGCCAUCCCAGCUUGGCCUUCAAGGCAGGCGAAUCCUCCAUGAUAAUGGAAAUAGAACUCCAGAGCCAGGUGCUGGAUGCUAUGAACUAUGUUCUUUAUGACCAGCUGAAGUUCAAGGGGAAUCGAAUGGAUUACUAUAACGCUCUGAAUUUAUAUAUGCAUCAGGUUUUGAUCCGCAGAACAGGAAUUCCAAUCAGCAUGUCGCUGCUGUAUUUGACGAUUGCUCGGCAGCUGGGAGUCCCCCUGGAGCCCGUCAACUUCCCAAGUCACUUCUUGCUGAGGUGGUGCCAAGGCGCGGAAGGGGCUACUCUGGACAUCUUUGACUACAUCUACAUCGAUGCUUUUGGGAAGGGCAAGCAGCUGACAGUGAAAGAGUGUGAGUAUUUAAUCGGCCAGCAUGUGACUGCAGCGCUGUAUGGCGUGGUCAACGUGAAGAAGGUGUUGCAGCGGAUGGUGGGAAACCUGCUGAGCCUGGGGAAGCGGGAAGGCAUCGACCAGUCGUACCAGCUCCUGAGAGACUCGCUGGAUCUGUACCUGGCAAUGUACCCAGACCAGGUGCAGCUUCUGCUCCUCCAAGCCAGGCUCUACUUCCACCUGGGAAUCUGGCCAGAGAAGUCUUUUUGUCUUGUCUUGAAGGUGCUUGACAUCCUCCAGCACAUCCAAACCCUCGACCCCGGGCAGCACGGGGCGGUGGGCUAUUUGGUGCAGCACACGCUAGAGCACAUUGAGCGCAAAAAGGAGGAGGUAGGCGUGGAGGUUAAGCUGCGCUCUGAUGAAAAGCACAGGGAUGUCUGCUACUCCAUCGGGCUCAUAAUGAAGCAUAAGAGGUACGGCUAUAACUGUGUGAUCUACGGCUGGGACCCUACCUGCAUGAUGGGCCACGAAUGGAUCCGGAACAUGAACGUGCACAGCCUGCCUCACGGCCACCAUCAGCCUUUCUACAACGUGCUGGUAGAGGACGGCUCUUGUAGAUACGCAGCCCAAGAAAACUUGGAAUAUAACGUGGAGCCUCAAGAAAUCUCGCACCCGGAUGUCGGACGCUAUUUCUCAGAGUUUACCGGCACUCACUACAUCCCAAACGCUGAGCUAGAAAUUCGAUAUCCAGAAGACCUGGAGUUUGUCUAUGAAACGGUGCAGAAUAUUUACAGUGCAAAGAAAGAGAACAUAGAUGAGUAAAGUCUAGUAGAGGACAUUGUACCUUUGCUGCUGCUGCUAUCUUCCAAGAGAACAGGAUUCCAGAAGGAGAUGUAUCCGCGGUCCCUCUGGAUUCACACCACCAGGAAAGCCACCUCACUGGUCGCGCUGGUUGCCUCCUCCUAAGUUUAAAUGACGUGUGCUCUCCUCCAGCUGCAAAGACAAUGUUGCUCUCCGCCUACACUAGUGAAUUCACUUGAAAGGCACUGUGUUCAGUGGCAUGGCUUGUACGCUUGUCCUGUGGUGACAGUUUGUGACAUUCUGUCUUCAUGAGAUCUCACAGUCAGUACUGCAUUCUUUUUUAUCCACUUUCCAUCCUUACGUCUGUCUACAUUUGUCUCAGAACAUUUCAUUUGCUGGACAGAUGGGGUUAUACAUUUGCAAUAAUUUCUUUGAUUUCUCUAGAACACGUGCAGUCCUCAGUCAGGAUUGUUUGUCUUUUUACCCUGAAUUUAGUUGUGUAUUCAGAGGUAAAGUUGUACACUAACUUGGCAGCAUCUUGCAGAUGGAGACAUUAACAAGCUAAUGGUAAUUAGAAUCAUUAGAAUUUAUUUUUUUGCUAAUACAUGAAACACGGAUUUCAAGUGUUUUAUCUUUUUUUAAUUUAAAUUGGGAGAAUGACAAUUUUCCCUUCCAUAUUCCUCUCUUGGAUUUGUGCACAUUUCUACAAAUCAUGAGCUUUCUAUUUUACUACAUAAGAUUCUUCAAGAAAAUGCAUAAUAAUGGCCUUUAAGAGUGGACUUUUCCACAUUCAUCUACUAUUCCUUUCUUGAAAUAACUACUUCUUUUUUUAAUCUGCUCCAGAAUCAUGAGUAGGUCUUAAAUCAGUGAUGGGUUCUGUUCUGUAGUGAGACUUACAAGUCUGAUGUUGAAAUAUUUGCUGUUAGAAAUCAUACUCUCUGGUCGCCAAAGACCAAACAAUGGGGUUUUGUUUUUCUAAUGAAAAUAAAAAAAGAACUAAUGAACCUUAA